AUGGCUAAUGGAAUUCUCUCCAUGCCCAUGCACGAGAGCGGCCUUGAUCGCACUCCCGACACACCCACUACAUCCAACACAUCCACCGUGCACACCCCCACUCUCGUUCCAUCCGUCCGCGACACCACCACCACCACCACCACCACCACCACCACCACCACCGCCUCCUCUGUAGCUGACACUGACACCGCCGACUUCUCAUGCCCACACUGUCCACGCACAUUCACCUCACGCAUCGGCCUGGUCGGUCACUUGCGAAUCCAUCGAACAGAGACUGGCGAACCAGUGCCUGGAGCACCCACCUAUACCCAUCAAGCUCGUCUCAACUGCCCACACUGUCCUCGCACUUUCAGGCAUCGCAUGAGCCUAUUCGGCCACAUGCGCAUCCACGACGACCUGCGGUAGACAACCGCCGGCCACACCACACAUUCACUCACCCCUACCUCCUCCACCACCACCAUCACCCCACCAGAAAUCAACACUCACACACCUCAUGCACCCAACUGCCACCUCCCACGCAAGUGGGCAGUCCGCAUCUCGACUCGGUCCCCAUGCGGCUUCGGCUGCACGGGUGACUUGAGUCCGAGACUAUCCCGACACGUCGAGCAUCGUGGAUAGGAAGGUUGCUGAUUGAGGCCUGCUCUUGGUUCACGCAGUUCGUCGCGUUGUGUGUGUUGUGUGGAGUGGCGGACUGGUGGGCUGGGAACGAGCUAAAACCGCACCUUCCACGGCACUCUCACGCAAGUGAGAGACACGCCGUUCAAACAGCGUCGUUUGAAAUCCUUGUGUUUGUGUGUGUAUGGGGGGCCAGGUCGUGCCGUGGCGCGCGCAGUCGUGGCCAGUCGACCAUGACAGCCACCGCGCCCAUUCCCCACUCCAGUCUGCUGACCGGCUCGGACAGCGGCUGGGGUGUGGGAGUGGGAAGGGAGAGUGAGGUCGACGACUCAGCGCACUUCCUCCUCACUAUAAACAAUUUGACGCGCUUGAAGCUAUCACUGUGCGCUAAAAGCCGUGGCUUGGAAGGUUGCCAACUGACGGGGUAACGUGGACCUCCUCCUUGACCGGAGGCGGUCUGAGAGUCAGGCUGCAAUGGCUCCUUUUUAAUGUGGCCUUUAUGGCACUCCCAUCACAGUGUGGGAUCCGAGCCAGGCGUUGGCGGCACGCCCAGGUGCGGCUUCGGUCGUGCCAGCCUUCAAAUUUCUCUUGUGUUGGUUGAAAUCCUGGUUAUUCGUUGUGUGGACCAGGGGGUGUGAUGGAACGUCAAGGUGAGGAUCCGUCCGAGCCAUCCGCCUGCGGCCUCCCUCGUCUCCGGUCUUCUUGACUCUGUCUUGACACCGGGCUCGGUCGAGGGUGGAUGAGAGAGUGUAGGUAAAUGCUACGCAAGUCUACCGGCACUAUAAACCCCUGCGUAAGUCACCGUCCCUGCUCCCAUUGCUGCUGCAACUGUGGGGCACACGGUGGACAUCAUCGAAACCGAUGGUCGAACUGUCAUGUGUUUUAGACCUGAGAGACUACCUCAAUCAGUGGUCUUUCACGGCACACCUAUGAAUGAAUGUACCACCAUCAAUGAUUUAGGUUUAGGAAGGCCACUGACUCGCGCCAACGUCGUCAAAAAUAAUAAUACAUCUUGUAUUACGCAUGAUAUUAAUGACUGCGGUGUUAGACGUUCUGCUGUCAGACCAAUGCCCGUAAAACGAGCAAAAAGUCUAGUGACGUUGGGGGAUGUCACAUACGACGAUGAAAUCUGUACCACAUGUUUCGGACUCAUCCAUAAGUUUUCAAAAAUGGGGGGGGAGUAAAAAGGUCUAAAAAUGGAGGUAGAAAAGCUAAGGAAGCUUACUCACCACUUACGUGAAGAGAAGAAGCCGACGAAUUCGGCAAUCCAGAAUCCGAAAAAAACACAUGCAACCACGACUUCUUUAGCCAUAUCAAACGCUGAAACUGACGAAUGUUCCUCCAGGGAACUAGACACAGUUGAAUGCCAGUCUCUUAGGCGAGAAAAAGACCAGCCAAAGCGAACUCAGAUAACAAAGAAACAUUCCAGAAAAACAACGCGCACCUCUGUACGGUCAAAAAACGAAGGCCGCCUACGUACACGCAGACCAGCGAAGGAGAACGACCAGGAGGCCUACGAAGGACCGCCAGAGGCUCCCAAAUAUUUUGAACAAUAAAAAUAUCGGAACACCUUGUAGACUGAAUAUUCAGGGGGAGGUUUCGAAAGGAACUGAGACAGGAGCAGUUGACGCCCAAUCGUAGAAAUACCUAGACAGUGUGCUCGUUCCCGGAGCCUAACUUAGAGGGCUUAUCAAUUAGCGCAAUGACACAUGGUUAUGGACCCACGGUGGAAUCAGCUGCCACCGCGUAUUCCCAUGUCAACAGAGUUGAGAACCGAGCCGAGGAAACCUCCAAUUCAUGGGAGUCAAACUCUCUUCAGAGCCCUCUGAUGGGAGGCAAUGCCGAUCAACCGCAUUGUGUAACUAUUCGCGAUGCCUCAACAAGAUCCGCGGACAAACUUCACGGGGACAUAAAUACCAAGAUGACAGUCCCCUCCCUUUCGCCAGUCCACAUCGACGAGGGCAAAGGACCGGUCAGCGACGUCCAAACAGCAGAACACAGAGGAAUGCUUAACAAGGAUCACUGCGUCAUAAUUCAGGGCCUCCCGGAGUCCUUCGCCAGUACCCCCAGGGAACGAGUCGCUGCUGACUUAGAGCAAUUCCAGAAACUCCUAAAUGAAAUGCUGCAACCAACAGAAGAUGUCACAGUUCUUAAGGCGUUUCGUCUUGGUAGCCGUACAACCGAUGCUCCACAGACACGACCAAGACCCCUGAAAAUUGUCCUAGGUAGCAAUGAGCAGGCGAAACUAAUCCCUUCCAGACGUUUUCGAUUGAAAAAUUUCCCAUAA